AUGGAGAAAGAAGAAGAAGAAUAUAUUCACAGAGAUGUCAUCAGUACUUCUCAGGAUGGGCGAACCUCAAAUGAUGAUUUCAGAGAUAAACCAGACAAUGAUAAACAAUUUAUUGUUAGAUCACCUGAAGAGAAAGCCUUUAUUCGUAAAUUAAAUUGGACACUUUUACCUUUAGUUUUUCUUGUUAUCUUUAUUCAAUUUUGUGAUAAAUCUGCACUAAGUGUAGCAGCGGUACUUGGCAUCAUGGAAGAUGCACAUCUAUCUGGAAGUCAAUUCAGUUGGUUAGGCUCUAUUUUUUAUCUAGGCUAUUUGAUUUGUCAGGUACCCAAUAACUAUUUAAUUCAAAGAUUACCUAUUAGUCGUUACCUUGGUUCUGUUUUAAUUAUUUGGGGUGUUGUAAUGGGGCUGACUGCAGCUUGUAACUCAUUUGGUCAAUUACUUGGACUCAGGUUUUUAUUAGGUUUAUUUGAAGGAGUCACUUAUCCUUGUAUUUAUAUUAUCAUGAAUACACUCUAUCGUAAAUCAGAACAAUCAAGAUGCUGGGGAUUUCUUGGCGUUAGCACUGGUAUGGGCACUGUUUUUGGUGUCCUUGUUGCUUAUGGCUUAGCUCAAUUGGAUGGUGUUGCUGGUUUUCGUGCCUGGCGUUGGGGAUAUAUUGUAUUUGGUAUAGGAACAGUUCUUAUUGGUAUCUUGGUAUUUUUCUUUUUAAUUGAUAAUCCUCAUCAUAAAUUACUAAGAUUAAAUGAAAAAGAAAAAGAAAUAGUGGAAGAAAGAACUAAUGAUAAUAAUGUCGUCAGAAGCAAGAAGAUUAAAAAAGAGCAAAUAUGGGAAGCGAUUAGAGAACCUCGUUUAUGGCUAGUAUUCCUUGUCAAUAUUUUAAAUAGUGCACAGAAUGGAGGGCUGGUUACAUUUAGUACAUUAUUAGUAGAGGGACUUGGUUUUACGCCAAUUACUUCUAUCAUUCUUCAAAUUCCAAAUGGUGUUGCUGCUGCACUUUUUGCUAUGGGAUCAGUGUUAAUUGCUCAUCGAAUCAAACAAAAUUGCCUAACUGCUAUCUUUAUGGCCUAUAUUUCCUUCUUAGGCUGUAUCCUUAUGGCCACUAUUCCAGGAAGACCUAAAAUCCUUGGCUUCUAUCUCAGUUGGUCAAUGACAGGCGUUAAUGCACUUGUGCAAACAUUAGUUUCCAACAAUGUAUCAGGCUAUACAAAAAAGGUCUUCUAUAAUGGCGUUAUUAUGGUAGCAAUGACGAUUGGCAAUUUUGUUGGCCCUCUUGUGAUGACUGAGGAUCAAGCUCCCAAAUACAUAGGUGCUAUGUUUGGAUACGGAGCAUCUAAUCUAGUUAUUAUUGCUUGUAUUAUCCUUCUUUAUAUAUUAAUGAGACGACAAAAUAUUUACAGAUUAGCGAAUCCGUAUGUUGAGAAGCCAAGUGUUUAUUUGGAUUUAACGGAUAAAGAAGAUAAAACAAUUAUUUACAAGCUAUAA